AUCAAGAUGUACACGGGUCAGAUCGUCAUGUUUGGGCUGGCACUGCUACUCACCACUGUAAUCGUCAUCAAGGCAGAUGAUGAUGGUAGGUGACAUUAUUCUGAUUCAAAUCUAAUAGCUAAUGUGUAUUAUGGUUGCAUGUCAUGUCUACAAUGCUCAUUCAAUUCUAGUUAUUUGUUACAGGCUUUAAGGGUUGUUUUGUUUAUUUCGUUUAAUUGCCACCUGGACCAAUAGACUCUUUCCCCCUGCUUGCCAACUUCAGAUUCUCUUAGUUUCUAUGUUUAAAUCCAUCAGGCCCAACAGCAAUUUCCUAUCCAUCAGAUUUCUCAUUUUGGACCCCUUUGUCCAUGAAUGCCAUAGACCCACCUCAAUAAUCUGACCUUUCUUGAACACGUGGAAACUAUACAGUGCCAUCUUUCACUAAAAUCUUUUUUUUUCUCUUAAAAAUCACCUAGUUCCCUAACCGUAUAAAUAGUUAAAGGGCCCUGUUCCUAUUGAAUUUAUGACAUUCAUGGUAUUUAUCGUGCCACCCAUGCUUGUGACCGACCUAUGUAAUGGGCAGUCAUCCAAAGCUUCUCAAACGACAGUCUUUAUUGCCUAACAUUGUGCUAUUAAUUGGUUAUAUGGCCCUGAAUAAGCCGAUUAUUAUAUAUUUUAAAGAAAUAUCAUUCUGACUGCUACUAUUGAUCUUAAUCAAUUAAUAAAGUACUUUUAAACACCAAUGCAGAGAUAUAUUUCACAUUCGAUCAAUGUCCCAUUUUUUAAUAUGAAUUCACUGUGUAAUGUUCCAUAGUAAACCAAGGUUGGAAGCACCCUUUUUUUCGAAUUUACAAUACUUACUGUACUUACUAAUGUAUUUCAUUGUUGUAUCAGAGAAGCCUGGAGUUUGCCCUCCUGAGAGAUAUUUUACUCCCUUUUCGGAUAUUCCUCAUGAUAAAUGCACCAGUGACAAGGAAUGUGAAGGUGACAAAAAGUGCUGCCCAGAUAAUGGCUAUAAAUUCUGCAAACCUCCAGCAGAAGGUGAGAAAACAGCAUGUGAGAACUCUGAAUAAUCCAUAAUAUAUAUAUAUAUAUCUAUAGAGAGAGAGAGAGAGAGAAAGAGAGAGAGAGAGAGAGAGAGAGCUCUAAUAGCAGAAGUUAUUACUUACUAUCUUUCCUAAAAGUAGCCCAUAUCCCCCACUAUCCCACCCAUAGCCAAUAGUAGCCCAUAUUCCCCACCAUCCCACCCAUAGCCAAUAGUAGCCAUAUUCCCCACCAUCCCACCCACAGCCAAUAGUAGCCCAUAUUCCCACACCAUUCCUCCCCAUAGCAUAUAGUAGCCCAUUUCCCCCACCAUUCCACCCAUAGCCAAUAGUAACCCAUAUUCCCCCCACCAUUCCUCCCCAUUGCCAAUAGUAGCACAUAUUCCCCACCACCAAACCCAUAGCCAAUAGUAGCCCAUAUUCCCCACCAUCCCACCCACAGCCAAAAGUAGCCCAUAUUCCCCUACCAUUCCUCCCCAUAGCCUAUAGUAGCCCAUAUUCCUCACCAUCCCACCCACUGCCAAUAGUAGCCCAUAUUCCCCCACCAGCCCUCCCCAUAGCCAAGUAGCCCAUAUUCCUCCACCAUCCCUCUCCAUAGCCAGUAGUAGCCCAUAUUCUUCACCAUCCCACCCAUACCCAAUAGUAGCCCAUAUUCCCCACCAUCCCACUCACAGCCAACAGUAGCCCAUUUUCAACACCAUCCCACCCGCAGCCAAUAGUAGCCCAUAUUCCCCCACCAUUCCUCCCCAUAGCCUACAGUAGCCCAUAUUCCACCACCAUCCCUCCCCAUAGCCAGUAGUAGCCCAUAUUCCUCACCAUCCAACCCAUAACCAAUAGUAGCCCAUAUUCCCCACCAUCCCACCCCAUAGCAUAUAGUAGCCUAUAUCCCCCCACCAUUCCACCCCAUAGUCAGUAGUGGCCCAUAUUCCUAACCAUCCAACCCAUAACCAAUAGUAGCCCAUAUUCCCCCACCAUUCCUCCCCAUAGCAUAUAGUAGCCCAUAUCCCCCCACCAUUCCACCCAUAGCCAAUAGUAAUCCAUAUUCCCCCACCAUCCCUCCCAAUAGCCAAUAGUAUCCCAUAUUCCCCAUAAUCCCACCCAUAUUCCCACCCUUCAACCCACAGCCAACAGUAGCCCAUAUUCCCCCACCAUUCCUCCCCAUAGCCUACAGUAGUCCAUAUUCCACCACCAUCCCUCUCCAUAGCCAGUAGUAGCCCAUAUUCCUCACCAUCCCACCCAUAGCCAAUAGUAGCCCAUAUUCCCCACCAACCCACCCACAACCAAUAGUAGCCCAUAUUCCCCCACCAUUCCUCCCCAUAGCAUAUAGUAGCCCAUAUCCCCCCACCAUCCCACCCAUAGCCAAUAGUAAUCCAUAUUCCCCAUAAUCCCACCCAUAGCCAAUAGUAGCCCCUAUUCCCCACCAUUCCACCCAGAGCCAACAGUAGCCCAUAUUCCCCCACCAUUCCCCCCCAUAGCACAUAGUAGCCCAUAUCCCCCACCAUCCCACCCAUAGCCAAUAGUAAUCCAUAUUCCCCCACCAUCCCUCCCAAUAGCCAAUAGUAUCCCAUAUUCCCCAUAAUCCCACCCAUAGCCAAUAGUAGCCCAUAUUCCCCACCAUCCCACCCAGAGCCAACAGUAGCCCAUAUUCCCCCACCAUUCCUUCCCAUAGCCUACAGUAGCCCAUAUUCCACCACCAUUCCUCCCUAUAGCCUACAGUAGCCCAUAUCCCCCACCAUCCCACCCAUAGCCAAUAGUAACCCAUAUCCCCCACUAUCCCACACACAGCUAAUAGUAGCCCAAAUUACCCCACCAUUCCUCCCCAAGGCCUAUAGUAGCCCAUAUCCCCCACCAUCCCACCCAUAGCCAAUAGUAACUCAUAUACCCCACCACUCCUUCCCAUAGCAAAUAGUAGCCCAUAUUCCCCAUGAUCCCACCGAUAGUCAAUAGUAGCUCAUAUUCUCCCACCAUCCCACCCGUUGCUAGUAGUAGUAGACAAUAUUCCUCUCAACCAUUACCAUACACAGUAGUGGCCAAUUCUCCUUGUCACUCCCCAUAAUCUCAGUUCAAUUAUUUUGACCUACAAUUUGCCAUUUUUGCAUAAUUUAUUCUCCAAAUUUCUCUGUUUAUUGAAUAAACCCCUGAGUAAACCAAGAUGGCGUAAAUACGUGAACUUCUUUUAUUUAUAACAAUUUAUGGGAUUAUAGAGUCUUAACAAUUUUGUCACAUUUUAUAUCAAAGUUUUUGUGCUAAUGUACGGUAUUUCAUUGACAACUUGCCAUCUUGUUUGUGAUAUGUAUUGACAGAGAGAUCCGGAGAGUGUCCACCAGCUCCAAAACCUGAAAUCAAAAAUCGUCAGGACUUUUGCUCUUCAGACAGUGAGUGUGCUGCUGGACCCAAGUGCUGCUUUGGUUCAAAUGGAAAGACUUGUCUACCCUGUGAUAAAGGUAACAUUUCUCCCUCCUAAUCACAAAAACAAACAUAAUAUACUCCUCUAUAAUUUUCUGUUCCUGAUACCCCCAUUGUACUUUUUUGUUCUACUCUUCUUCUCUUCUUUUCAUAUUCCUCUUCUCCUUUUAUGUCUCCCGUGUACUGAACGUGUUUCGUUUCAGUUCAGUUCUCCUUCCCCUUGUUCCUUCUCCCUUCUAUCCAUUUCUGUAAAUUCUUCCUUACCCCUCUUUCUCAUUCCCUCCAUUGUGUCAUUUUAUCUCUCCUUCCUUAUUUACAUCUAUCUAAAUUAACUUUGGUCUAUACAUUAUUUUACAUGCUGCCCCAUUCCUUCACAGUUUUAAUUUCCUCUCGGUAAAGAACGUCCAUGCUGAGUGCCCACUAUGCAGAAAUUAAAGGACCACUAUAGGCACCCAGACCACUUCAGCUCAAUGAAGUGGUCUGGGUGUCAUGUCCAUCUAGGGUUAACCCUGUAGCUGUAAACAUAGCAAUUUCAGAGAAACUGCUAUGUUUACACUAGGGUUAAUCCAGCCUCUAGUGCCUGUCUCAUUGACAGCCGCUAGAGGCGCUUCGGCGCUUCUCACUGUGAAAAUCACAGUGAGAAGACACUGACGUUCAUAGGAAAGCAUUGUGAAAUGCUUUCCUAUUGACUGAUUGAAUGCGCGGGAGCCAGGCGCGGGAGCCAGGCGCGGGAGAAAGGUAAGGGUUUAACCACUUCAACCCCCUUCAGGCCUGCGGGAGUGGUACCCUGAUGGUGGGGGGGGGGACCUAAAAACGAGUUUGUUUUCCUGGCAAUAUAGUGGUCCUUUAAAUACUGGAAUCUGAAUAUUUCCAGUUGAUGUUCUUCAACAACCCCAGUACCCGGUUUAUUGCGACCUUGCAUUUGCUGAUGAAACUCGCAACUAGGCAAGACUGUUACAGAAAUAUUAUAGAAGCUGGUGAUGUCCGUUCAGAAAACAAAGUUUUAGUAUUGAUACAUAGGAAGAGGUCAUACGUAAUACAUAAAUACAUGAUACAUAAAUAUAUGAUAUGUUGUACUAGUUUACUCUUGGGUUAUCGUUUUCUCAUUAUCCGUGUCAUAACUAUGCCAUCUCCUUAUCUUUCUUAGCAGUGAAGGCCGGUAACUGUGAACAGACAGAAGUCUUUCAAUGCUUUGUACCCGAGCGUUCUUUUUGCGAUACUGAUUGUUCUUGUCCCAAUGAUGAGAAGUGUUGUCCCAAAGAUUGUCACUUCGAGUGCCAGAAGCCUGUGUGAGGUAAAUUAUAAUUACUUACAUUUUACACUGUUUCUAACAAGAAUAUCUCAAGAAAUGUUACCAGAUGACUUAGGGCUCCCAACAAGAGGGUACACACAGUACCACAAUAAGGGCCCUGUAGCAAUACGUGCUUCAGUUUGGGAGAAAUACAUCUCUUCUCUAACCAAGAGGUAUAGAAAACCGUCUAUUUAUCAGGCUGGAUUGACAACCCAUUCAAAUAUAAAAUAUAUAUAUAUAGAAUCAUUUAAUUUAAUGUAUUUGUUCAGUGGUGUAAUAGCCUGUUAUUAAUGUCAGGAAUAUUAUUAUUUUUUUUAGAAACGCUUACUGGUGUCUGACAUGAAAGUAAUCUCUAAAACAGUUGCUCUGGUUUGAUUAUUUGCAAAAUGCUCUGAUAUCCGUGAUGCCAAUGUUUAAAUCUACGUUAUAUUGACUGAUUUUCACCGAUAGACUGACAAUGCAGCACAAUGUUCUCUUUUUCUAGGUUAAAGAAAAAUAUCCACAUUCAACACUAUUUUCUUGGAUGUCUAAUCAUAAGAUAAUGUCUUGAAGCGUGUUCGUUCAUGGAUGGUGAAAAGUUAUUUAAUACGCUACACUCCAAAACGAAUAUUAACUGAAUAUAUCAAACUGCCUGUAAAGAGGUCCUUAUGUCUUUUACUAUAACACUAUCCCAGUGUAUGCUCAAUGCUCACCAUUUGAAUAACUU